AUGGUCCGCCCUGCCCGAACAGCCAAGGAAAGAGCUCAACGUGAACAGCACAUGCAAAAGCCAAAAGCAACGCUCCAGGAUUUGGCGUAUGUACUGCGGUUGUUGUUGGAAGGGAUAAAUCAAGAGCUCGUUGAACGGAUCGAUGCUCACUUAGUUUCGAACCCGGCACUAGCACAAGAUCGACGGUUUGCGAGCCUGUACACCGGCGCCAAACGGGCGGAGAUUGCUGACUUUGGACUUAAAAAUAACACUCUAACCAUCAUUCUACUUUUAGAAACACGCACUUUGACGGUCCAGGUCCAUCAAACUUGA